AUAGACUUUUAAAGUUUAAAAAGUAGAGCAAAGACAAAGAUAUUAUAAUAUGCCGAAGGAAUUCGUGUAUUUUAACGCCGGAUGGACCAAAGUCUAAGGCAGAAAAAACUACGAAAAGAUAAGAAGACUAGAGGCGAUAAUUCAAGUUGACUUUCAUUAGUGAAAGUUACCUGGCUAGAAAGACGAUUCAUGUUUUAUUAACGAACUGAUACUUGCACGGCAUGCAUUAGUAAACAGGAAAAGACAAACGAUUUUAUCAGAGAAUCGGAAACGAUCAGAUAAUGCGUUAAGUUAUACCUUGUGUGUGCAACUAGUAAAAGAUAGCCAUAGGCCUAUAGACGGGAGGCCGAGGGUGGGAAAAUUAAUCUCAUAAUUCUUACUUCAUCCCAGUUUUUAUAAGAAGCAGAUUUGAUUAUGCCAAGUCUAUGUAGUGGCAUGGUACGAUUAGGUUCUCAUUUUACACGAAGCAAGACAGAGAUACGCUCUUGUGUGUGGUUUCUUCAUAUAUAGCAUUUCUGAGAUUUCUGAAGUUGUGGCGAGUGUACAGCUCCAAAAUUAAGUAGCCACAAUUAAACGUGUUUGGGUGUUUCUUUGCUAUGUAUUUAUUUAUUUUAAUAAAUCAAUACGGCAUCCCUUUGGACCAGGGGAGUAGAGAGACCCCAAAUCACUAGAACAAUACGAUGACAAAUCGUCCAGUUUCAGAGAAAGGAAGGAACUCAUUAGAUCGUUUUACAGCGCUCUGGUCCCUCUCGCCGGAGUUCCUCAACAAGCACCGGGUCUCGGAGAUGGAGGCUCACGGCUCAGGCAGGUCCUCACGGAAGAGGAAGAAGGAGGGCUCGAACGGGGAGGCAGAGGAAGACUUCACACCAGUGAAGAUGCUGCGCUGCUCCAUGGGUCUGACUGAACCGGCCCUCUUUGCAGAUGAGAUCAAGGUCCCACACAAUACUCCAUACAUCCGGGUAACCUUAGAGGAGGCCCGUCGUGGCACGCCAUUGGAGCGGCCGGUUCGGGUGUAUGCCGACGGGAUCUUCGAUAUGUUCCACUCCGGCCAUGCCCGCGCGCUCAUGCAGGCCAAACAGCUUUUCCCUAACACACACCUCAUAGUGGGAGUGUGCGAUGACAAUCUGACCCACAAGUUCAAGGGUUUCACGGUGAUGAACGAGGACGAGCGGUAUGACGCGGUGAGUCACUGCCGCUAUGUCGACGAGGUCGUCCGCAACGCGCCCUGGUCCCUCUCGCCGGAGUUCCUCACCAAGCACCGGAUUGACUUUGUGGCCCAUGAUGAUAUUCCAUACUCCUCUGCAGGAAGUGAUGAUGUCUACAAGCACAUUAAAGAAGCAGGCAUGUUUGCCCCAACGCAGCGGACGGAAGGCAUCUCCACGUCUGACAUCAUCACGCGGAUUGUGCGUGAUUACGACGUGUAUGUGCGGAGGAACCUGCAAAGGGGCUACACAGCCAAAGAACUCAAUGUCAGCUUUAUCAACGAGAAGAAGUACCACCUGCAGGAGCGCGUGGACAAGGUGAAGCAGAAGGUGAAGAACGUGGAGGAGCGCUCCAAGGAGUUUGUUCAGAAGGUGGAGGAGAAGAGUAUAGACCUGAUCCAGAAAUGGGAGGAGAAAUCCCGGGAGUUCAUUGGCAACUUCCUGCAGAUGUUUGGACCCGAGGGGGCGCUGAAACACAUGCUGAAGGAGGGGAAGGGACGGAUGUUGCAGGCGAUCAGCCCACGACAGAGUCCCAACAGCAGCCCCAGCAGGGAGCGCUCCCCCUCGCCCACCUUCCGGCUGCCCUUCUUCACCAAGAUCUCCCCCCCGCCAUCCCCGCGGGCUGCCUCUGCCCGGGGGUACCAUAUCAGUGAGGACGAGGAGGACGAAGACUAAACCCUCUCGCUCACACAGCACUACAGCUCUGGGCGUACUGCACAGUGGGGUAUUGAAAGCCAGCGUACUUCCACUAGCAGGGCGACAGAAAGAUAACGCUGCUCCAAAUGGAAAUGUUUUAUUUGUAUUUUUAUUCAGUAUUAAUCUACACUAUUUAAUCAGUGAUUAUGUAAAGUUGUCUUUCUGUAAAGUUAGGAUUGAGUUUGAAUUAUGGCGCAGCUAUCCUUGCUAUAUAGCGGCAUUUAAAAAGUAACACGAAACAGGAUGAUAAGCUGUUUACGAUUAACACUGAAUAUAUUGGCAAAACAACGGCAGUUAUCUUUAUCACAGCUGUUGCUCUUUCUCAUGUUUCUUCGAUUUUGUCAGCUGUUGUUACUCUUUGUUUCUUCAAUCUGUUUUUUUUAUGUUGAAAAGAGUUUGACAGGUUAGCAUGCCAGUAAAUGCUCAGAGAUGGAUCGGCUCAUGUUCCAGUGAUGUAGAAGUUCAUACUCUGUAGUAUUAUUGACAGUUCAAACUGUCUCCACUCUGAGGGAGGCAGCUAGCUUGUGAAAGCAGCAUACCUAUGUGAAAGCUAUUGUCAGCUUAGCAGCUGCAGUAGAACAUGUUGGUGAGAUGCACUUUGGAAGAUGUAUAAGAUUCUGUGCGCUGUUCAGUUGAUCUAGUUAGUGGCAGAUCCCUAUAAAACCACUGAUUAAACCAUUACACUUGAAGGAUUAAAAUCACUGAAAGAGGCCCCCAUGUAACCUUAAUACACAAAGGGUUGUAUUACACGUCUAAUGGAUUCGAUAUUUAGAUGGUCUGCUAAAUUGUUUUUAAAACUUUGGACAGAAGUGUCUUUGCCGACCCUAAAGACAGGCCGGUGGGUUUCUCGUGUGUGUAACUGUAAACAUUGCCAUAAGAGUUUAUAAAACGGUAACAUCUAGUUAAAGGAGGUGCAGCUUUUUAUCAACUUCAGAAACAUUCACUUAACACUGAACUGGUGGUACAGAGUACAUCAGCAGCAUCCUACGCAACACAUAGAGAACUGAGUGACCCUACCACUGUGGGGAAAUCCUUCUCUUUGCCUUGCUGCUAUACAAACACUGGCAGCACUGGAAAUCCUUCUCUCUGCCUUUCUGCUGUACAAACACGCUGGCAUCGCUGGAAAUCCUUUUCUUUGCCGUGCUGCUAUAGAAACACGCUGGCAUCCUUCUCUUUGCCUUGCUACUGUACAAACACGCUUGCAUCGCUGGAAAGCCUUCUCUUUGCCUUGCUGCUAUAGAAACAUGCUGGCAUCCUUCUCUUUGCCUUGCUGCUGUACAAACACGCUGGCAUCGCUGGAAAGCCUUCUCUUUGCCUUUCUGCUAUAUAGACACCCUGGCAUCCUUCUCUUUGCCUUGCUGCUGUACAAACACGCUGGCAUCGCUGGAAAGCCACCUCUUUGCCUUGCUGCUAUAGAAACACUGGCAUCGUUGGAAAUCCUUCUCUCUGCCUUGCUGCUAUAGAAAUACAUUGGCAUCACUGGAAAUCCUUCUCUCUGCCUUGCUGCUAUAGAAACACGCUGACAUCCUUCUGUUUGCCUUGCUGCUGUACAAACACACCGUCUCUUUGCCUUGCUGCUAUAGAAACACGCUGGCAUCACUGGAAAUCCUUCUCUCUGCCUUGCUGCUAUAGAAACACUGGCAUCGCUGGAAAUCCUCUCUGCCUUGUUGCUAUAGAAACACACUGGUAUCGCUGGUUUCUGGUUGGAGAUCCGCUCCUGUACAAGUCACUGGAAGGUCUCCUGAGGUAUCCGGGAGCAUUCCUGUUACAGGUGUGUGUGUGUGUGUGUGUGUGUGUGUCAGUCAUUGUAAAUGCCUAGCUGUGAGGAUGUAUUUAUUACCAUGAUUUACCUGUUGUAGUGUUAGCUUCUGUGAGGGAGCGCUGCCCUGGGCUUCUUUGCCACUAUACCCAAACCACUGCCCAGGGGAUUACUGAAAAGAGGCAAUGCACACACACAUUGUAUAUGUACCUAUGCAGAAGUCUAAAUCACACUAAUGUCUGCUACUUCUCUACCUGAUUUAACAUUUAAUACCAGACUGACUUUGUUACAGAUAAAAGUAGGGGAGGAGGGGGGUAUUUGGGUUCUUACAUAAAAAUGCUGUUGAUAGAAUUAUUGAUAAGGAACGUUGGUGAUCACUGAAGCUCGAUAGUUUCUGCAGUAUAAUCUAUAUGAAAGUUUGGGGCACUUUUAAAAUGAGGCUGUGCUGAUGUAGCAGUUUGUGGGGAGGUGUAAGGGCUUUCUAUAACAAAAAGCUUGAUUCUUGCUUUGUGAUGUCCAGCAGACAGCCUGAGGGGGUCUCUCUUUGAAUCAUCAUUUUCAGUAAAUCUGUGUUUUCAAAUCUACUUUAUUGAUAUAUCUUUGUUUGGGGGUGGGCAGAAAUGUGUCCACUCUUUUUUAACCCUAGUGAUUACCAGAAAAACAAACUUACCCAAACAGGCUGUCUCCUUACUCUGUUGGGGGCAUUAAGUGGUUUACGGGAAAUAUCUAAUUGUUGAAGUUGUCUGAUUUUAGUUUUAGUUUUUAAUAAAAAUUGUCUUUACUGUGUUUUAAUGGUAUAACAAAGCCAUAGUUUAUAAAC